GUUAAAUACGAAAACCUUGAUGCGAUUGACACUAUAAAAGCAAGGAAACUAAAAAUCCCCUUACCGAAAAACCCUCGUUUGACGUCCGGUCCCCGAGCUGUCACACCGCUACCAGUUCGCCACUAAUCGCCUCCGCCUUCUUCGUCUCCUUCAUCUUCUACUCUCAACUGACUAUCACCGCGAAUUACUACAACUACAAUCGCCCAUUCCCAAAAACACAAGCUAAUCCACCAAAAGAGCACGCACUUUUCAGGAUCCCUAAUCCUCGAUUAAUUAAAAUUCACCGUUGCGGUCACCAUUACAGUAAAUUGCUAUUUGAUUAAUCCGGUUAGUUACCUGAACUUGUGCCGCUCAUUUGGAACAGAAGAUUGAAUAGAGAUGGAUGAUAUCGUGCCUGAAUACAAGAAAAGAAUGGCACGUUUUAGAAUCCAAGAACUCAAAGAUGUCCUUGGCCAACUUGGUCUUGCAAGAACCGGGAGGAAGCAGGAUCUCAUGGAUAGGAUACUGACUUUGCUUUCUGAUGAAGAAGAUAUUCAUGGUCCACAAAAGAAUAAACUUAUCCGAAAGGAAGAUGUAACAAGGAUAAUUGAUGACAUUUACAGACAAAUGCCACAUACAGGGGCAACUGAACCAAUAACAGGUGGACAUUGUGUCUCUGAUAGUAGUAGCAUUACACCAAAAAAGGAGACUGUGGAUCAAAAAGUUCGUUGUCCAUGUGGCAGUCCUCUGAAAACAGAGUUCAUGAUUCAGUGUGCAGAUCCACAGUGUCAUGUUUUACAACACAUUCCAUGUGUUAUCAUCCCAUUAGAGUCCACUGAAGAAACUCCACCUGUUUCUUCUCAACAUUAUUGUGAAAUUUGUAGAAUCAAUCGGUGUGACCCAUUUUGGAAGAGUUUGGCUCACCCUUUAUGUCCUGCAAAGCUCAGUGUCUCAAAUGUUCUGGAUGAUGGUGAACCACAGUUACUACAGAAUGUGGAAACAAGUUUCCAAAUUACAAGAGCAAAUGUACAUUUACUUGAGAAAUCAGGAUACGAUGUACAGGCAUGGUGCAUUUUACUCAAUGAUAGUGUUCCAUUCAGAAUGCAAUGGCCUCAAUACCCUGAUCUAAAAGUCAAUGGAAUUCCUGUUAAGACAAUUAAUAGGCCUGGAUCAAAGACACUUGGAGCCAAUGGUCGUGAUGAUGGUCCUUCAAUUUCGGUGUUUCUGGUGGAGGGACACAACACAAUAUCUUUAUCUGGAUCUGAUGGUCGACCUUUUUGCUUGGGUGUCAGAUUAGUAAAACAACGUACUGUUCAACAGGUUAUCAGCAUGAUUCCUAAUGAACAAGAAGGUGAAUCAUUCACUGAAGCUGUUUCCCGUGUGUGUCGUUGCAUUGGUGGAGGAAUGGCUGCUGCAAAUGAUGAUAGUGACAGUGAUUUGGAAGUUAUUGCAGAUAAUGUCACAAUUAAUCUUCGUUGCCCUAUGAGUGGGUGUAGAAUGAAAACUGCUGCUAGAUUUAAAGGAUGCAUUCACCUUGGAUGUUUUGAUCUUCAUACCCUUGUCCAAAUUAACCAAAGAUCUAGAAAGUGGCAAUGCCCUGUUUGCCUAAAGAACUACUCCUUAGAAGACAUCAUCAUUGACCCCUAUUUAAAUCGUAUUGUGAAAUUGAUGCAAGCUUGCGAAGAAGACGUAACCGAGAUUGAAGUUAAAUCCGACGGAUCUUGGCGAACGAGACUGAGUCGUCCGUUUAUGGAUCUUGAAAGAUGGCAUCUUCCGGAAGGAUCUUUAUGUACAUCUGAAUUUAAUAGUAAUAGUAAUAUUAAUUCAAAUUCAAAUAUGGAAAUCUCCGAAGCGAAAAGCCAACAUGAAGGAAAUCAGUUAGAAGAAUGUGUUGCACCAUAUGGGCAUGAAGUAAUAUCAAUGAGUAGUGGUUCUUCUGAUGAUAACAUGAAAGAAGAUGAUGAUAAUAAUGAGAUGAUGGAUUCCAUACCAUAUAAUCAUAAUUAUAACCAAACAUCCGGAAUCACAAACAGAAGUUCUUCAUCUUCAAUUGGUGAUCCAAGUGUGAUUGUUCUUAGUGAUUCAGACGAAGAUGACUGCGAUUUAGUUUCUGCUACAGAAGAAGAUCCUAUAGUAGCUCCACCUGGGUCAUUGGAUGUUAAAGCGGAAUCUAGCCAGAUGAGUAAUGGGAGAGGAGGAGGGUUAGGGUUAAUUGGAGGCGACCCUUUUACAUUUCCUCGGCAACCUAGGACUGUAAGAAACCAUCAUGGGACAAAAGAUGUAGCUGCAGCCGACUAAAACCAAAAGUUAAUAAUAAUAAUAAUAAU